AUGCCUAAGUCGGAGAGAAUCCCCGCUCCAUUCCCGUGGGCCAGCGAGUACCGCGCCCAUGUCCACUCGCUCGACUACCUCUGGAGCUCGGCCAUCACUCGCAUCCGCGGCGAGGUGAUCUGCAAGCGCUGCGACGGCUCCCAGAUGGUGGACCUCGACGUCCGGGACGCCUUCAUGCAGGUAAACAACUAUUUCAUCAGCUACCGCGACUCCAUGCACGACCGCGCUCCCAAGUGCUGGACGUCCCCCCGGCUGCUCGACUGCUCGCUGUGCCGCCAGUGCGACUGCGUCAAGCCCGUCAUCGACGCCAAGAAGCGCAACAUCAACUGGCUCUUCCUGCUGCUCACCCAGACGCUCGGCCUCUGCACGCUCGACCAGCUCAAGUACUUCUGCAAGCACACCCGCCGCCACCGCACCGGGGCCAAGGACCGGGUUCUCUAUCUCACGUACGUUGGCCUUCUCAAGCAGCUCAAUCCCAACGGGCCUUACGACUGA